CGAGGUGGGAAGUCGCGUGAUGAAUAAAUUAUAGAAACGUAAAUAAAAAAUUGCCAAAAUGUACAUUUACGAGCUCCCGUUCGAAGUGAACAGAGAGUUGUGCCGACUGCUUGACAAUGAUGAGAACUGGAAGGAAUUGGCUGGGGUGUACAUGAAAUAUUCUGCUUUCGAUAUAAACGAAAUGGAACAAAUAGCCCGUCGGCAAGCAGUCUCACCAACUUCCGAGUUGUUCACACGCUGGGGCCAACUCAACCAUAGAGUUGAGGAGCUCUUUAUACUUCUGUAUAAGAUGCGACACGUCCCUGCAAUGUACUGUCUCCGUCUGUUAGUCGGUGACCGGUAUCUUAGACUACUGACACGAGUCAGUUCCAACGGCAGGAAUGGAAUCAGAGAGAACGGAUCUGUUGAUGAAAACUGCAACAGGCCAAAUGGCCCAACUAAACCAGAAGCCAGCCAAGCAUUUAUUCCAAGACCAGUUGUGGAGUUAGAACAGGGUAUACAGCGAGCUACCUCGAGCGGGGUGGUGCAUUCACCAGACAACUCUACAAGAGACUCCAGCUCAGUGACAUCGUCAACGGACUCCCGUUCAACCGGCCCCGUGAACGAUGAGUUCAUGAGGCAAGUAUCAGCGGUGCCUCUGCUAAAAUAUGAAGACCUGAGGGAGGCUACUGAAAACUGGAGCGAUGCUAACCUGCUGGGCCGUGGCGGGUUUGGACAGGUGUAUAAAGGUGAAUGGAAGCUCCUUACAGUGGCAGUGAAGCGUUUGGCGAACAACGACGGGAAGAAUCGAGAACUGAUUAGAGAGAUGUGCCUUAACCAGUACAGGCAUGACAAUAUACUCCCGUUAUAUGGGUACAGUCUUGGAGGGCCAGAAGCAUGCUUAGUAUACCAACUGAUGGCGGGUGGGUCACUGGAGCAGCGUAUUAGGUGUAAGACCCACUUCCCGCCGCUGUCAUGGACACAGCGACACCGGAUAGCACAUGGUGUGGCCAGAGGUCUGCAGUUCCUCCAUACAAUGACCGGGACCCCUCUUAUCCACGGGGACAUCAAACCUGCGAACAUUCUACUGGACCAGUGCGGUAUACCCAAGAUUGGAGACUUUGGUCUUGCCAGGAAAGGCCCAUAUGGCGAGGAUCGGACGCAUUUGAAGGUUUCUAAGGUGCACGGCACGCGCGCGUACCUGCCGGAGGAGUACCUGGUGUCGCACUGCCUGUCGCCGGCGGUGGACGUGUUCAGCUUCGGCGUGGUGCUGCUGGAGCUGGCGUGCGCGCUGCCCGCCGCCGACCGCGGCCGCCCGCGCCCGCUGCUCAGCGACCACGUGCACCACGCCGUGCGCGGCGCCCACGACACCGCAUACUUAGAAGACCGCAUGAUAAUAGGCACCGAGCUAUCCAACCCGCAUUUGUGCCGAGAAUUCAUCGCGAUAGGCAUCCACUGCACGUCGUACGCGCGACAUCAGCGUCCUACUAUGCUGCAGGUCUUCAAACGACUGGACAACAUGCAGUUCAAUGGGAAAGAUACCGCGUAACGGAACGGUGUGGAGUUAGUAUUCAUAAUAAUAGAAUCAACACAUACAAUCGUCCCAUUUUGUCAUGAUUCAUGAGUUGUUUUAAGUUUACGCGGUUAUUAUCAUAAUUAAAACACAUAAGCAUGUGGAAUCCAGUAGUAGGUGUUGUAAAAAGCUUAAAACGGCCUAAUGUGGUGAUAAAACGUGAGGACACAGUGAGUGCGGUUUGAAAGUGGGUAGACAGAUAUGUCUGCCCGUUGAAAAUUAUGGAUCUACCUACUCCACUCCAAUCUCAUCAGUCAUCCCGUGAUCAUGGCACUUGCAACAGUGUCGAAAUAUCGGGAGACUCAUAUCCCUAUUUUAAACGCGGUAAGAACCCGUUAUGUGUUUUAAUUAUGAGUCUUGAGUACCUCUUGACUACCCUAAUGAGGGGCUCUCCAGGCUACGUUCGUCAAAAACUGUACUGGGUGUUAGUGACGUCGUAACGAAUACUGAGGGGGAUGAUUCAGAGCAUAAUUCCGAGUUAAUAUCAAGUCGAAUUUUCUGUUUUGUGUCUGUUUUCUGUGAAUUCAUGUAUUUUUUUCUUUUGUUUUCUUUAUUAUCAAUUCUAUACUUUUGCGAUGGAAAAUUCCACUUGAUAUUAACUCAGAAUAAUGAGCUGAAUCAUCCCCCUCAGUAGGUAUUUGUUACGAUGUCACUUACACCCUGUACAAGUACAUGUACAAGUAAAUAGGGUGUUAGUGACAUCGUAACAAGUACUGAGGGGGAAUGAUUCAGACCAUGACUCUGUGUUGAUAUCAAAUGGAUUUUCCUGUCGGAAAAUUCAUGAAAUAUUUUGUGUUUUUUUAAUUAUUAUUCCAUACUAUACUUUAUCCAUACUUUUGCGACGGAAAAGUCCACUUGAUAUCAACUCAGAAUCAUGGCCUCAAAGUUUUCGUUACGAUGUCACAACACCCUGUAUAGAUAGCGCUGUACAGAUAUCUCUUUGUUUAACUUUCUAAUUACAUGGAUAACAGACAUAUGCAUCUUUUAUCUUUGUUUUUGGGUAUAAAUGAUAAUCCUUUUAUUACAUCUUCCACCCAUUAUUAUUCUGAUCAAAAUAAAGAGAAGUAAUAUAGGUAGCAACAUAAUUCUAUACAUAAUGUGAUCCAAAUAUCAAGCAAAAUUAUUUUUAUAUGCUGAUUUUGACAUUGGAUUUUGAAAUAAUUAUGUACCCGAGUAAUGUUAAAAUAGAUAGUUAUCACGUUAAUGCUUUACAGCGCCAUCUAUGUUAUUUUUGGUGAAUGUAGCUUGGAAAGUUUCUCAUUGGACUAUAGUCGUGAAUGAUGUUAUUCUGAGGAGCUCGGUGGCGCAGCGGUAAACGCGCUCGGUCUGCGAUUGUCGAAGUUAAGCAACUUUCGCAAAGGCCGGUCAUAGGAUGGGUGACCACAAAAAAAGUUUUAAUCUCGAGCUCCUCCGUGCUUCGAAAGGCACGUUAAGCCGUUGGUCCCGGCUGCAUUAGCUUAAUAACCACUAAUCCGCACUGGGCCCGCGUGGUGGUCUAAGGCCCGAUCUCCCUAUCCAUCCAUAGGGAAGGCCCGUGCCCCAGCAGUGGGGACGUUAAUGGGCUAAUGAUGAUGAUAUGUUAUAUUCUAAGUAUGCAGCAUUUAAAUGUAUAUUUUUAUACUCGAAGGAGUUUCUGUUAUAAACAUCGUAUGUUAGGUUUAUAUGUACCUGUCAUACAAUUCAUUUGUAAAUACGAGCAAAAAUGUAUUUGAUAAACGUGUGAAAUGUAAUGGUGCUUUGAAUGUUAUUAAUUAUUAUUGUGUUAUAUAAAAGAGAUCAAAUUUCGAAAUAGUUUAAGUGUUGAACGUAGUUGGCGAGAAGUGUACAACUCUGCCUACCCCUCCUGGGAUAGAGGCGUGAUGCUUUGUAUGUAAGGUAUUUAUACAGGGAUGAUACUUGAACAAAAAAAGAGACAAAAGAACAGAGAAGAUAUACUCCAAACUAGUGUUGUUUAUUUAUAGUCUGUCGAUAGAUUAUCGAUAGACGAUAAUAUUAUCAAUGAGAGACUUUUCAGGGUAUGUUCCUCAAAGACAAUAUAGAUGGCGUUGUCCAGAUUUUCUUUUCUUCUUCUUCAGGUGCCUCUCCAACUAGUGGAGGUUGGCCAUCAGCUUCGAAAAUGUAUCUUUAUCUCCCGUGAGGCCGAACAGUUCGACCGCACUCGUGAUCCCCGUCCACUCCCUGAUGUUACGCAACCAGUGGGUCGGAAGAAGUCCAGGGGGGUUAAAAUGGCCACAUCGAAGGAAUUCAUCUAAGAAAACAAUAUGCAAAUGUCAAAUUGCAAUAUUGCUUUCUUAGAUGAAUUGCUUCGAUGUGGCCAUUUUAACCCCCCUGGACUUCUGCCUCCGACCCACUUUUCUUUCCUUUAACCUUCUAAUUUGAUGGAUAACAGCCGUAUGCAUCUUUUAUCUUGUUUUUGGGUAUAAAUAAUGACCAUUUUUAUCACACCCAGACAGAACUACAUCUUCCACCCCAAAAAAAGAAGAAAAAGAUAAAAGAAAAAGAUAAAAAAUUUUUAAUUGUUUGAAAAAAAUAAAUUAUCUAAGAUAAAAAAAGACAAGAUAAAGAAAAGCAAGGUAGCAACAUAAUUCUAUACAUAAUGUGACUCAUAUAUCAAGAAUGAUGUGCAGUCAUGAGCAAUAUAAUGUACCCACUUUAGGACUCUGUCGCACUAACAUAUUUGACAUUUAGUGAGACUUACAGUUCAAUUUGUCAAAAAAGUUAAUGUGACAUGGUACCAAAGUGUAUACAUAUUAAUGCUCGUGACCGUACCCGAGUAAUGAAAAAAUAGGUAAUUAUCAUGUUAAAGCUGGACAACGCCAUCUAUAUUGUUUUUGGUGAAAGUAGCCUGGAUAUUCCCUCCUUGCUAGGGAAGGACGUAUAUUCAGAUAUGGGUCGUUCUUCUUUUUUAUCGACAAUGAUCUGUCUUACGUACUGCUUUUAAUUAAAAAAUAAGUUAUGUUUUAGAAUUUUAUUACAUGUUUCCAUUGUCAUAGUUAUCUUAUUAUACUCAAAAUACAAGCAAAAUACUAAUCGGUUCCUCAAUUAGUUAUUAACGUAGCUUCAUUGUUUUUCACAAAAUUUUGUGACAGAGUGGUAUAUUUAAAUGCUGUCUCCGAUGAAAAGGGCCACUCUGUCACAAUAUUUUUUGGAAUGCGCCUGCAAAGAAAAGUAUGUUACCAAGAUAAAGAGAACCACUAAAUAGUCCUUUACGGACAGAUCUUUAUAUGAUGUUUUAAAAUAUUUAUUGCCGUUAUAAUUUUAAAGAUGUUAAGUCCGAUUAAUUGGGAAAAUGUCUUUUUAUUGUCGAUAAAAAAGAAGAACGACCCAUAUAUGUGCUCUGUCCAUGAUGUGCUGUGCCCUCGACAGCCACAUACGAAAAUGACGGAGGUGGUGUGCGUCAAGCUAGCGGCCUCAAAAAAAAAAAAUGGGCACGUAAAAAUAAUUUGACCAUACCAAAAAUUAGUACUCUUAUUGAAAAAAAUAGUACCUGUUGUACUAAUUUUUGGUAUGGUCAAAUUAUUUUUUCGUGCCCAUUUUUUUUUGAGGCCGCUAGCUUGACGCACACCGGAGGUGUGCGUUGAGUCGGUCACAAAAUCAGAGGAAAAAUUGGCCCGUCUAUCGGCCCUACAAAGUCUAACGUGGGCGGGCAGCCUUACUGGUGGGAUUGACAAUGUGAAGUCACCUUCCCGGUAAGAAGUGGGAAGGAACUUCCCAGUUGUCAACGCUAAGAACUACUGGAACUAACCCCUCUUCUAGUUGAGCUUCGGGUAAUAAACAAAUUAUAUCACAGAUAUUAAAAAGGAUUAUAUCAUUGACAUUUAUAUCUACUUAUGACUGAAAUAAUCAAUAAAAUUGUAGUUUUAAGAAUUAAGAUAAGUAUUUUUUAUUAUCUAAGAUGUUAUUUUAAGAUGUCUUUAGAUAUUUUUAUUAUUAAUAAUAAACUAUUAAAUUACUA